GUUAAAGGUUGGAUGGCAUACACACAAUCCAGUGGGACCCACACGGGCAGGUGAAGAACCGGCCUAUCCUAGUAGGUUGCAGAGUUCUUCAACCGGCCUCACAGAGGUCAUAGAUCUUGUUUAUAUGUUUUUAAAAUUUUUAAAAAAAAAAAAUCAAAAAACUCCUACGAUCAAGAAGAUCAUACCAUCCAUCACGAUUUCCAGUCUAACAACAAUUUCCCCAUUUGAGUUUUGGCGAACUUGAUCUCUGGUUUUAGAUGAUGUUAUUAUGUAUUAUGAGUAACAUUGAGAAUGUUGUGCAGUUGGUAAAUCAUGGAGUUAGCUCUACCUUAGUAGAGAAAAUGAAGUUAGAGAUUCAAGAAUUCUUUAAGUUACCUUUGGAAGAGAAAAAGAAAUACUGUCAGAAGGAAGGAGAUGUAGAGGGACUUGGGCAGGCUUUCGUUGUAUCAGAAGAACAGAAACUCGAUUGGGGUGACAUGUUCUUCUUGAACACCCUCCCACCUCAUUUAAGGAAGCCCCAUCUUUUUGACGACCUUCCCCCAUCUUUCAGGGAGACACUGGGAACCUAUGCAGUGGAGUUGAAAAAGCUGGCCAUGGCCAUAUUGGGAUUCAUGGCUAGAGCUCUUGGGAUGAAGGUAGAGGAGAUGAGAGAGCUGUUUGAAGAAGGAUUCCAGUCAAUGAGGAUAAAUUAUUUCCCACCAUGCCCUCGACCAGAGUCAGUGAUUGGCCUUUCACCCCACUCAGAUUCUGUGGGCCUUACCAUUCUACUUCAAAUCAGUGAAAUCGAAGGCCUUCAGAUCAAGAAAGAUAGGAUGUGGAUUCCUGUUAAGCCACGCCCUAAUGCCUUUAUAAUCAACAUUGGAGACAUUUUGGAGAUAGUAAGCAAUGGCGUGUAUCGUAGCAUCAAGCACAGGGCAACAGUAAACUCAAUGCAUGAGAGGCUGUCGAUAGCUGCAUUCUACAGUCCCAAACUAACAGGAGAUAUAGGCCCUGCGCCCAGUCUGAUUAGCCCACAAACCCCACCACAGUUCAGACAUGUUAGUGUGGAAACGUACUUCAAGGAACUCUUUACUAGGAAACUUGCAGGCAAGGCGUAUGUCGACUACUUUCGGAUAGACCAUGGAGAAGGCAAUGCUAGUACUAAUUGAGGGUGUUUACCUAUACAUAAGCUUUUCAGCAUGCACAAUAUUUCCAGAUUAAGCUUAAGGUAUUAAGCUUUGUAUUGGAUCUGUGCUCUACAUAGAACAGGCAAUAGACAACAUGUUAUGUCAUAAAUAAAUAUUGCAUAUAUGUUGAUAUCAGGGUGUUUUAUUGAAGGUCUGAUGAGUUAAUGUACCUCAUAUUUCAUUUCUGUAAUCGUUAUAGUUAUUAUAUCUGCAAUGAAUAAACACCCUAUUCCACUA